CUUUAUAACAUCUCCUUCAAGAUCUCCCUGCCAGAUCAGAUCUUCAACAUUCUGGGCGUCCCCGUCAAAACGUAUUUACCACGUGUUAACCGUAUAUAACUCAAAUAAAAUGCUUUUAUUACUUACUGCAGGAGAAACUCCAGGCUGAUCGGGGGAGGAGCUUUUACGCUAAACUGGUGGUAAAUCACAUGGGGCAGGAGGAGAAGCAAGCAUGGUAAACGAUGUGAGGAAGAGGAGGAGGGUAAAGUUUAUCUGAUGGCAGUUACGCACGGUGGAGAGCGCUUUUGCGCACUGAUGCACGUUUCCAAGAUACGCACUGUCCUCGCGCCUGGAUAUCACGUCUGGGGGUGCUAGUUUAAGGUUCUAAUGGCCAUGCUUACAGUUAUAAGGAUAUCUGUUUGGUUUGUCAAUGGAGUAACGCGUUGAAAAGGGGUAUCGUAUAUUUUUGCGCACCUGUCAGGAAGGAUGCCUGUGGGAAGAUGUGCACCAGCCGGAAGAUCAUCUGGAGUUUGUUGUUUCUCUCGGUUCUGGAGAUAGGACUCGGGGUGUCCAGCAUCGUCCUGGGCGCUGUGGGCAUCAUCCGGGCUAAAGCGCAGCACAAAACCCAACAGGGAGACGCAUCUCCGGUAUGGAGCGGAGCGUGUUUUCUUAUCUGCGGUCUAUGUGGCAUGCUGUGUGCACGGAAGAGAACAGGACUGAUUAUGAUAAUCUUUUCCUCCUGCUGUAUUUGUGGAUUAAUCGGGGGAAUCCUGAACUUCCAGUUUGUCCGUGCACUAGUCAAGCGUCCGGAUGCCAUGCGCUCUCUUCAUCUUGCUGUCAUGUCUCUGGCGUGUUUCGGGAUCAGCAGCUGCACGCUGUCCACCUGGUUGACCUGCAGGCUGGCCAGCAGCGAGCAGCAGCGGAUGUUUCUGGAGCGAGAACAUUCACUGCAUCACUCGCACGAAAUGGCAGAGAAGGUACGACUGGACUUGGAGGUUUUGGAUAACACCAGUAAUGGCAUCUCACAAAUCUCCUUUAGUGGACGGAGCGCUUCACCGUAAGCUCAAUGCCCACACACUCCUAACAGCACAGUUCUUUCAUCUGAUUGGCUGAGGCAAGCUGACAGUUCUACAUUCUGAUUGGCUGAGCAGGCUGACCGUUCUUCUGAUUGGCUUAGGCAGGCUGACAGUAUAGAGGCGGUGAUGGAUGUCCUUUAUGAAUGUUCAGAGAGCAGACAGGUGAGAUGACAGUAUUGAGUAGAUGGGUCACUGUCACUUGAUGACAUCAGCAGAGGUCAAUACUGAUGUAACUUGAUAACCAGCGUACAGAAAAAGGACUAUUUUGAUUGAGUACUAAAUAAGCAUGCAAAUUCUCUCUCUUUCUAUUUCUUUUCAAUAUCUGUUUCCCUUUCUGCCGGUAUUUAAAUAAAGGGAAUGAUGAAUCUGAAAUUUUAAUCCUGAUAUUGUAUGGUAAACUGAAUGCAUUUAUUCUGAUCGUAUAAAGUGCACAUUGUAAAAUGCCUGUAUAGAUAUUUAUGAAUUUACAGUAUUUUUAUAUAGAGGCUUCAUAUUAAAAUGAAAUAAAGAUGUCAA